UAUUAGUAUUAGAAUUUCUGUCCUCACUUCAUAUUUCAAUGAAGAUUAGGUCUUUCUUUUCAGUCAUGAUCGUUGUGGAGAAAAAAGAAGAAGAAGAAGAAGAAGAAGAAGAAGAAGAGGAUGCUUGUGAUGAUUAUGAUGGUGCUGUUCUUUUUAUUGACUAUGGUGAUGAUGAUGAAGGUGGUAUUUACUACAAUGAAUCUCCCGAGGAUGCUGUUGAUGAUGAUUCUGAUGAUGAAAGAUUAAUUGUAGGCUUGAAAGUGGUGAAUAUUGAAGAAGGGUCAUCGUUGCUUUUGGGUGGUGAGUGUGCGGUGUGUUUGGAACAGUUUCGUGUGGGGUGGCAUGCUAAGCUGCCAUGCUCACAUAUCUUUCAUCGAAACUGCAUUCUUCAAUGGCUACGGAUGAGUGAUUUCUGUCCAUUAUGUCGUCAUAAGAUGGCUUAGUUUGAUAGAUUCUUUGUUUGUUGAUCUUAAUUUUACCUCA